ACAUCCAGCAAGAGAGAUGCUACCUCUUGUCAGUAUGGAGACAUUACUUCGUGCCAAGUGUUUUUGGCGCCUAGCAAUUCCUGGUUCUGUGAGAGAACUGCAUAAAGAUUAUAGAAUAGUGCCUCCUCAGAAUUUUUCCAACUAUGAAUCCAUGAAACGGGAAUUCAAACUGGAGAUUCCAGAGUAUUUCAACUUUGCUAAAGAUGUCCUGGACCAAUGGACCGAUAUGGAAAAGGCUGGAAUGAGACCUUUCAAUCCAGCCUUCUGGUGGAUAAAUGGAAGUGGAGAAGAAGUGAGGUGGAGUUUUGAAGAACUGGGAUCUUUGUCUAGAAAAUUUGCCAAUAUACUUACAGAAGCCUGUGCCCUGCAAAGAGGAGAUCGAGUAAUUGUGAUUCUGCCCAGGAUCCCAGAAUGGUGGCUUGCAAAUGUAGCCUGUAUGCGAACAGGGACAGUUUUAAUUCCAGGAACUACUCAGCUGACCCAGAGAGACAUUCUCUACAGACUACAAUCUUCAAAAGCAAAGUGCAUUAUUACCAAUGAAGUUUUAGCCCCUGCAGUAGAUGCUGUUGCAUCUAAAUGUGAAAAUCUGCACUCCAAGCUAAUUGUAUCUCAGAAACCCAAAGAUGGGUGGGGGAACCUCAAGGAGAUGAUGAAACAUGCCAGUGACAACCACACCUGUGUGAAGACAAAACAUGAUGAGAUGAUGGCCAUUUACUUUACGAGUGGAACAAGCGGAUCUCCAAAAAUGACCGGACACACCCACAGCAGUUUUGGUUUAGGAUUAUCUGUAAAUGGAAGGUUCUGGCUGGAUUUGACACCUUCAGAUGUGAUAUGGAAUACCUCAGACACAGGCUGGGCAAAGUCUGCAUGGAGCAGCAUCUUUUCUCCAUGGACCCAGGGAGCAUGUGUAUUUGCACAUUAUUUGCCACGUUUUGAGCCAACUUCCAUCUUGCAGACACUUUCCAAGUUUCCCAUCACCGUCUUCUGUUCAGCGCCAACUGCAUACCGAAUGCUUAUACAGAAUGAUAUGACCAGCUGUAAGUUCAAAAGCUUAAAGCACUGUGUGAGUGCUGGGGAACCAAUCAAUCCUGAAGUGACUGAACAGUGGAGAAACUGGACAGGUCUGGAUAUCUACGAAGGAUACGGACAGACCGAAACGGUGCUAAUCUGUGGAAAUUUUAAGGGAAUGAAAAUUAAGCCUGGCUCAAUGGGAAAGCCAUCUCCUGCUUUUGAUGUUAAGAUUUUAGACAUAAAUGGCAAUGUCCUACCUCCUGGAGAAGAAGGAGAUAUUGGCAUUCAAGUCCUACCUAACCGACCACUUGGCCUUUUUGCUCAUUACAUAGAUAAUCCUACAAAAACAGCUUCAACCCUACGAGGCAAUUUCUAUAUCACUGGGGACAGGGGCUAUAUGGAUGAAGAUGGAUAUUUCUGGUUUGUUGCAAGAUCAGAUGAUAUCAUAUUAUCCUCUGGCUACAGAAUUGGACCAUUUGAGGUAGAAAGUGCCCUGAUUGAGCAUCCUGCAGUUGCAGAGGCAGCUGUUGUCAGCAGCCCAGAUCCCAUCAGGGGAGAGGUAGUAAAGGCUUUUAUUGUUCUGACCCGGGAUUACAAGUCACAUGAUCGAGAACAACUAAAAAAGGAGAUUCAGGAACAUGUAAAAAAAGUUACAGCACCUUACAAAUAUCCAAGAAAGGUAGAAUUUAUUCAAGAGCUGCCAAAGACUGUCAGUGGGAAGAUAAAAAGAAAUGAACUAAGGAAGAAAGAAUGGGAAACAAUUUAAAUCCACUGUAUUCUUUAUCACAGUAUCUAUAAUACAAAGACUGUAGAAACACAUAAUU